UAUUUGUUUACAUUUGAGAUUGCACAUAAAAUUUACUUUAUUUGGAAAUCUGAAUAAACAUUGGAAGCACAAUUACACAAAUACAUAAAUUAUGUGUAUAGGCUGCUAAAAAUAUGUAAAAACCAUUAUUUUUUCAAUUGGGCGUAGGAAUUCAAAUCAGUUUGCAGCGGGCUAAAAUGAACUGCAUAGCCAUAGGUACCUACUAAACCCACAUACAUAUAUAAGUACAUACAUAUGGAGAUGUAAUAUAAACAUAAUACAACGCAAAUUUCCAUUUUUAAAACAUAUAUACAUACUCGGUGGGAUGUGCUACAACGCAAUUAUUUUAGAAAUGUACUAUUAGAACUUUGUCCUUUUUAUAAGAAAAAAAAACUCAAAAAUUUAAAAAUGUUCGCUUGUGGCGGUAAAAAGUGGUUUAAAUCUAAAAGGUCUAAGUUUGAUGAUAAAGAACUUGAACAGAUUUGGCCGCCAUAUGGUUCAGAAAUUUUGCUCACCCCAGCCGGCAAGCGAUUACUGCAUAAAUCGGCAUAUGUGCAAAAACCUGAUAUAAGUGAUAUUGACGUAGAGGAUCUCAUAGAGCAAUCUUUACGCUUUCCAAUCAAGUUUGGCCGCGAUACAUGCCGGGUAAUGAGUCAACCAAAGGAACGCUAUCAUGAAAUUGCAAAACAAAUUGCUUCUGCUUAUCCGAUAAUACACGAACGUGUUGUUAGCUUAUAUUUGGCAUUCUUGGAGCAUAAAUGCAAAUAUGGUAAUGAACUGGAACGCGCAAUUUAUGCAGAUAUGACUAUAACAGGUCUAGUACAACGUUUACUUGAGAAACGUUGCGUGGCCUUCGUAGGUCCACUCGAUGACUAUUUGCUUUUGAAGGGCAGAAAAACGUUGGCAAAUUUUUUCGAUGUGGGCACCAAUGAUGAAAAACCACCAUUGUUAUUAAAAGACGUUUUAAGUUAUGAUGAGAUAAAGCUUUCCGCUUUUCUUUCAGUAUCUUCACACACCGAAUUUUUAAAUAAUGGUAGACGUUUCAAUUGUGGCAUCAUUGAAGAAGACAAAUCAAAAAUAGAAAUUGAAGGUGUUAUUAUAGGUAUAAUCGGCGGCCGUUUCGAGGCAGAAGAUGUAAUGGAGUGGCAGGACAUAAUGAUAACACCAAUGCAAAAUACGAAAGAACGUGGCUAUGGUCACAAAGCGAAAUCAGCAAAGAAGACAAAAAAUCCAAAGGUCGACUACCGACAAUUAUGGAUACGUUUUUAUGAAGAACAAGAUUUGCUGUAUGAUAAGGUAGAAUAUAUAAAUUCACCACGAUUUUUCAAGGAUGAAAAAACACGCUAUAUUUUUGACAAUCUGUUGAUGAAAAAACGUUAUGCCAUAACAUUUGAUACACUACUGCUGGAGGCUGAUGCGCGUGGUAAAGCUACUGACAAACAAGUGUACCUACAUGUGGUUGGUAUUGGGUUGGGCGCCUGGCGUGCCGUACAACAUCAAGACAAAAUAUUUUUGAAAACAUUUAUGGAACGCAUUCGAACGCUUUUAUUAUGUCUAACACAUAUUUCUGUGGUACACUUUUCAAAUUUCCGACCAUCCGCUGCAAAAGACUUUAUAACGGAUGGUGAUAAGAUUGUCUCGAAAGAUCACCCUGACGGCGGCAUAGAAACAUUGGUGCACGAUCGUUAUCCAGCACAGAAAUUACCGCCAGAAUAUGAAAAACUGUUAAUAGUUGAAUCGUAUGCCUGGGACGGCAAUGCAUUGCCCGGAAAUGAAUUUUGGAAGGGCGCUCUCACAAGCUCUGGUGAUCCUGCUGCUGCUUGCAGCACGCUAAUUGCUGAACUACAUAAUCCUCAUAUUAAUAGUAAAAUGGUGAAUGGCGAAAAUUUGCAUGUGGCCUCGGAACGCUACGGUGUCUUACACAUAUCUGAAUACGCCAAACAAAUUUUAGGUUAGAUUAAAGUACACACUAAUAAGAAUUGUAUUACUGUAUUUUUCAUUACCUUAACGUAUUAAACAACAUAAGCGGCAUUCGCUUUAUAUUUAUACACUGAAA